AUGCGUUGCGAGCUAAUUAUCUCUCUGUUAAUUUUGAGUCUGGCAUACGGCGCUCCUCCCAAAUCUCAAGAUGAAAUAAUCGAUCAGUUUUUGAACUAUGCCGAGGCCCUCCAUGCUGUCAAAAUUCAUAAUGGUCUGCAAAUUUCAAUAAAAUUUGUUACGGAUUUAGCGAACAGCGUGCCAGCUGAACAUCGAGGACCAGGAACGGCCGCCCUUCAAGAAUAUAUUAGCCGCACCAAGGAGUUCCUUAAGCACGGUAAUGUUUCUAAGAUGUCUGACCAGUACACUCUGCAAAACCUAUUCGAAAACCUUAAGGAGAAUUUAGACCCAACUUCAAAGGAGUCUGAAAUCAUUCUGCCAGGCAUCCUGGACAAACAAGAAUUAACAGCUAAAUUCGCCGAAGAGGAUGAGAAAGUCCACACUAGGUUCGGAGAAGGUGCCCGCCAAAUCUUGCCUCAAUUGACUCGGGACACUCUAAUCCGAGCAAGCGAGCUUAUAUAUUUAAUGGGCAAAUACAUCAAGUCUGAAAAACUUCAAGAACAUGAAGACCUCUACAAAAAAAUUCUGGCCGUCGGACGUUAUUACUUUUAA